UAGACCGUGCAGCAACCUUUUGGCUGUCAGGUUACUAUUAUAGUGAAGGUACGGGGGUUCACAAACCAACAACAAGAGAUCAAGUAAUGUCUUAUUCUACAGGGAAAGCUGAUACAGAUUCAUACGGGUUUUACGACUCGACUCAAUCCUGUGACCAAGAAUUUGACAGCAGAAAUGUGAAGUCUGGGCGCUUCUAUUCCCCAAAUAUUGCAACCACAUCUGGACAGAAUAUCAACGCAACUGAAUGCUCGUAUACAUUCAAAGCAGAGGCCCUGAUGUGGGUGAAAAUUGAAUUUGAUAUUUUAAGCAUAGGAACAGAGAUCAACGGCAGUUGUUCGGGCGGAGAUGUCACUGUAUACUCCGUGGAUGACCGCGGCACUGAGCAUCUUUUAUCAGAACUGUGUGGAAGACACGUACGUCCACCUACUGUGGUAUCACGCUCACCUCACGCUGUGGUCAGGUACCACAGGAACACCAGUCUGGAAGACCCCUAUAGGCAGGGACAGUAUGGCUUUAUUGGAAGAUAUACGUUCUGGACAGAUGGGUCUGCAGAACCGCAUCGCCAUGAUCGUUCGUGUGGGCCCCAACUGAUCACUGGGAGUAGCGGUACCCUGCAGUCCCCGGGGUAUCCUCAACCAUACUCCCCCGGGACCCUGUGCUCCUGGAACAUAGAGGUGGAAAGCAGUGCACAGAUCCUCAUCACAUUUCUAGACCUUGAUAUAGGAAAUAACAUUCACUGCAAUGAAACCCGUAUUUCCAUUUUCAACCACCCUGGACGGGUGCAGGAUGACCCUGAAGCGGUCGUUUGCGGAAAACUUAUGCUCUACGACCAAGGUGUGAGAGAAUUCAUGUCUGGAUCCAACAGCGUGCAUGUCAGGUUCUUUUCCGUAAAUUCAAAGCAACACACAAAUAAAGGUUUUCGCUUUGUAUGGACGGCUGUACAAGCUGAUCAAACAGCCCAGUGUCGUGGUUUCCAGUGUGCUGGGGGCCAGGUUUGCCUGGACAGAAGGGGACUGGCGUGUUACAACCUUCCCCAGUAUUGUAUCCAUCCCUCCCUGGAGUGCGACGCCAUGCCAAACUGUGGGGCGUUUGAUCUCAGUGAUGAGAACAGGUGUGAAGAAGACAAAAUGAUCACACUGACAGCAGUGGGUAUAGCAGCCAGUGUGUUACUCCUGGUGACACUGUUAACAUACAAGUCUGUCAAGUGGUACAGGAAGCAGACUAGGACGCAGAGGAGAAAAGGGGUGAACACCUUGGCCAAGGAUGUCGCACAUCAGGUCCGUCUGCUGGCCGAGAGUCCAAGCAGACAUAGAAGGGCAGACCACAUGUUGCAUGGCUUGACCAUAGCCAAUACCAUGACAGAGGAGCUUCUACCAGCUCGGUUCUCAACUCCGACAAUGCAGGACGAUGAUUCGGCAGAAGUGGUUGUAAAUGAAAUGAGUUUACAAAUGGACUGGGAUGUCUCCCAAUCCGAGUAUUCACCCACUGCUGGAAGUAGUUACGAUAGUGGUAGAACAUACUAUUUGGACAGUACUAAUGUUCCUCCAUCUUUAGAAGAGUACCCCUCAUACAUGUGCCCUAUGCCUGCUGCAGGUACCUCACAGUACUUACAGGCUUACCAGGUCAUUUUUAGUUCAGACUUAGAUGAGGAUUCUGACAGAUCUACUGUUAUCAGUAAUCCCAACAUACGCGGGAAAUCAGAUGAUGUAUUUUAGUAGCUCUGCUAGUUUUCAUUCACAUGUUCAGUACUAUAUUACUAUAGUUGAAUAAAUUA